UCAACAUCGCUUUCCUUUGAACUUUUAAUUUUUUCUAUAGUUUCACUCUCUUCUUCAACUUUAGCUUCAAUAUACUCAGGACACAUGUAUAUACACACAUGUUAACAUAGAAAAUAUCAUUCAUGACAAAUGGAAAAAUACAUUUAACAAUCGAUAUAUUUAAAUUUCCUUCAUUUCGAUAUAAUUCGAUAACAAUCGAUAAUCACGCAGAAUUCUAUAAAAAUUUUCGAAAGUAGAAUUAUUUUGACGCAUAUCGAUCAUUAACGAUAAUAAGUGGCAUCGGAGACGAAGAUCUUUCGAGAUAUCGUUCUACGCGCAAAUAUUUAAAGAGUCGCUUGCGAGAUAAAAAUAUCGUUGGAUAAGGAUAUCUUUUAUCUUGCUCAAUGUUAAAUAAAAAGUGAACGAAACAAAUGAAUUUAGGGGAGACGGAGGUUGAGGGGGGAGUAGUAAGGAUUAUUUUCAAGAAAUUAUUGGAAUAAUUUCGAUUGAUCAAUGAAAACAAAUGUUUCAAUUGUAAUAAUAAGAAUAAAAUAAAAGUAAAAUAAUAAAAUGAUUUGGAGUAGAGAAAAGAAGCUCGCGUGACAUUGUAAAACGCAACGAUGUUUUAAGCGUAAUCAUCCGAUAACCUCCUUGUUUUAAAGCAAGCUCCCCCUCAUUUGCUGGCAACGCUAUCAAAUAUGCCGGCCUACGUUUCUCGUUAACGAUACUCGUACUUACAGAUGAUGCAUUCAUCUCUUCUUCCUACGUUAGUUGGAUGUGUGUGAGUGUGUGUGUAUGUUGAGCACACCACACAUACGUAUAUGUAGAUACAUACAUGUGAAUUUCUGUUUAUUAUAACGAUCGUUCUACUUCAAAUAUUAUACGAAUCUCUCGCACACGACACGCAGAUGCGCAGGCGUGUAACACUAACUCAUUUUUCAUCCUAAACAAAAACUCACAUUUUCACCUGUGCAACUAUACGACGCGAUAAACUCUGACUCAAUUGCCAGUUAUCACUCGUAUCCUUUUAAAAUCAUGAGUAACAAGAAAAAUAUGGCAAUUGAUUUCCAAGAUAAUAUGAUAUUGUUAACAAGAAAAUAUUUGAAACGCAAAAUAAUGUGUCCUGAAACAAAAUUUCGACAUCACAUGAAAGAACGUUUACAUAUAUUGGAUUUAUUGAAACGAACUGUAGAAAUGGGUGAAAGCAAUUCUGCAUUACUGAUCGGUCCAAGAGGCAGUGGAAAAACUACGCUCAUCAACAGCGUAUUAGUAGAAUUGUCCACUUUGAAGUUUUUUAAAGACAAUGCACUAAUAGUAAAUCUGCAUGGUUUAGUACAUACUGAUGAUCGUAUAGCAUUGAAAGAUGCUACGCGUCAAAUGCAAUUAGAAAAUGUAGUAAGUGAUAAAGUAUUUGGCACGUUUGCAGAAAAUUUAAGUUUUCUAUUAGAAUGCUUAAAAUCUGGAGACAAGAAACACACUAAGCCAGUUAUUUUCAUACUAGAUGAGUUUGACUUGUUUUGUGAGCAUCAUAAUCAGACUCUGUUGUAUAACCUUUUUGAUGUUGCUCAGUCUGCUCAGGCUCCUAUCUGCGUACUGGGCAUAACAUGUAGAUUGGAUGUUAUAGAACUUUUAGAGAAAAGAGUAAAAUCAAGAUUUUCGCAUAGGCAAAUAUUUAUUUUCCCUAGUGACACUUCCUCUGCUGAACAACCAACGUCUGCUUUUGAUGAUCGUUUAGAACUUUUUCAACAUCUUCUUAGUUUACCUGAUGAUGAAAAUGUAAAUAAAAUAGAGCAACAAUAUGAUGACUGUACAAUAGAUCCACACUUUGGUUCGAUGUGGAAUGAAUAUAUUAAAAGUUUAAUUAGUAAUGUUACAAUGGUAAACUUGUUGAAAAGAAUGUAUCAGAUUGAUAUUAGCGAGAGAAGUUUCAGAAAUUUCUUAGCGGUCGCUGUUUCAACAUUGUCCGAAAAGCAUCAAACAUUAGAAGUAAAUGACUUUGUAGAAGCAAGUAAAAUAUUUUCUCAGGAUGAUAAAAUAUUAAUGCUUGAAGGUUUAUCUGUACUAGAAAUGUGUUUAAUCAUAGCUAUGAAACACGAAACAGAAGUAUAUGACGGUGAACCAUUAACUUUUGAAAGUGUCUACAAUCGAUAUGUUAAAUUUACAAAUCAGAAUUCUUUCAUUCAUUCUGUUCAAAGACCAGUCAUUAUGAAAGCCUUUGAACAUAUUAAGAAUUUAGAAUUUAUAGUACCUAUAAGUAAUGCAAAUACAAGAAUCGAUAAAGAAUAUCAAAGAUAUAAAUUUUCUUUGUCAUCUCAACAAGUAAUGGAUGCUGUGAAAAAUUAUCCAGGACUUCCUACAGAAGUCUCCCAAUGGGCAUUAAGCAGUCUAUAAUGAAAAUAUGACUUUGUACAAAAUAUUGCAUAUGCUAAGACUUUUAGAUCUGUAAUUUCAUUGUAUUGUAAUGUACUUUAUAUAUUGUUCCCUUUAGUAAAUUCGCAUCGUGUGAAAAUAAUUUCUUCAGAAAAGAGAUUAAGACAGUAUGUAUGAUAUAUUUAUGUAUCAUUCGUAUUAACAAUAUUAUAACAAUGUAUAUUCUUGUUUUAUAUUUCAU